AACAAGAUGGUGUUCCAGAGCCAUGGACCAGUGUCAUUCACAAAGACGACGCUGUCAUAUCCCGUGUAUGCAGCCGAGUUCGACCCCUACAACCGUGGCUUCCUAGUGGUAGGCGGCGGUGGUGGUCAAGGUCGCAGCGGUGUCGCAAACAAGAUUAUCGAGCUCUCGAGCGAAGAAGAUUCAAUUACAUCGCUCGCGACACUUGCCUCCAAGGACGGUCUCAUCACGCUAGCUGGCAUCAAUUCAUCAGAGUCGGAUCAAAAGGCUGGCAAGAACCAACAUCUGCGCACUUUCGACAUCACGUACCCCAAGAAGAAGCAAGCUUCGGACGAGAAGGAGGACAGUGAAGCUCAAGAUGGAAACAUCUCAUUCAUCGGCAAGGCAUCGCUCUUCCAACCAGCAACAGGCCCCAAGCCAGAAACAUACCAGCGCGUGCUGCGACUCUCGCCCACAUACAAGCGCGACUCGCCGAACAAGCGCAUUGGAGCUGUUGCGACCGGACUAGCCAAGCAAUCCGAGAUUGUCGUCUUCGAUGCCACAAGAACACCAACCACCGACGCCGAGAUCAUCGCCCGUAUUCCUAUGCGCGAUAAUGCCGAAGCUGCCGAUCUGGACAUCACAGAGCUGGAGACCAACACUUUUUCAAUCACCUGGGCUACCGAUUACGAUGUUUACGAACAGACGGUCAUGUACAACUUCGACACCAAGAAGGCUUCAUUCGCUCCAGCAAACCCGCGAAAAGUCUAUUCCAUGCCUAAGAGCGAGGAUCCCAAGAAGCCUGUCCGUCCCAAGUACCGUGCCAUUAGAUGGUUGGGCAACGAAGAUGUCUUGCUCUUGAGCAACCUGCCUAACCGUACUGGUGCCGAGUUGAGCAUUAUUCACUUCUACCCAUCUGGCCCGGCAUUAAAGGUCAAGCGCAAGGUCUUGCCUGGCCAUGUCAAGCAGGCAGUCGGUCUCGACGUCUGCAGUCUGGACUCGGAUAAGGCUGGGAACAAGCAGAUCGUUGUUGCCAUCGCCGGCCACGACAUUUCCAUUCCCGUCUACACUCUCGACUACAACGCCAACACUCACACCUUUGGCAGCUUCAAACGAUUUACUACCCUGCGCGAUGUACACCCACUACAGAUGACUUGCCUUCGCUUCUCGUCCUUCCACAGCCCCGUACGCGCUCCUCCACCAGAGCAAGACAGGAAGGGUAACGCCCUGCCCAUCAAAAAUCCAGUUCAUCCAGGCCCUCAAUACAUCAAGCUUUGCAGCACCAGCAUGGGUAACACCGUCGUGGUAGACACUUUUGCUCUUCUCCCGUCGCAGCCAUCAGACCGCCAGAGCCGCUACGUCCUCUUGCACCCUUCAGAAGAGCUGCGCCAACGCACAACCUAUGGCAUCCUCAUCGGUUUCGCUGUCCUCAUCUUUGCCAUCCUGCUCCAAUCCAUGUACUCUACCGACCCCUUUGCACCCGGUCUUGCCGACUAUAUUCCUCUACCAGCAUCGUGGCAACGGACUCUAUCCCACCCUGCAAGCAUUGCUGACAGUAUGGGCCGCAAAGGCUGGGAGCCCAUCGUCGAUGCUGCAUCCUCUGUAUCUUCUGCCGCGUCUUCCGUCUCCUCUGUCGCUCCCUCUGUAGUUUCUGCCGCAUCUUCCGCCGUCGCUUCUCCUGGUGUCAGAAUUGCUGACUUGCUGGAUAUGCACUUUGCCCUCCCUGGUGGUUCAGAGAAUGCAGACGACAAAGCUGUCAUUGUUCGCGACCAAGGCGAGGGUAAGAGUCUUGCUGUGCACAUGGGAGAUAAAAAGGAAUACAUGAAGCAAGACCAGAAAGCGAGACAUUGGCAUGAGUUGAAUAAUGAGGAGCAACAUGUUUGGAGACAGAGAUUGGUGGAUGCUGGACAUUGGACUAUUGAAGAGGGCGAGACUAUUCUCAAGGGAGUUGUGUUUAGUAGUUGGGCUGGAUUCGUGGGGAGGGUUGCUGGUGAGGUUAUUAGAGAGCUCUGA